CUGAGCGAGCGCCAGAGAGCAGGCAAGCAGGCGAGCGAAUAGCCACAGCCUAGCUAUAGCUAGGGUCCUUCGGCUCUGAACUGAAUCCUCAAAAGGGACGCUAAUCCUGCGCCCUCUCUUCUGCCCUGGCUCUGUUCUCGGCUAACUUGAGACUGCACACUGGUCAGGACUCCUCGCAAGGAGGUGCUGAGCGUUGGUGCCCCCACAGAGUGGUCACCCACCUGCUGUGGGGGGCUGCCGGGCGGGGGAGCUGUUUCCAUGACUCUUUUCCGCGUAUCUGGAGUUGAACUCCGGACUGAGGGCUGGGAUGCUUGCUUUUGCCUUGUCCAAGUUUCACAGCACGUAUGUUGACGAUUGGAAUCCUGGGCCAAUCAAGAGUCAAGCUCAAAGUGGUACUCCAGGGCUCUCGAUUCUAGACUCCAACAGGUCUAAUUUGAGACUAGAAGAGAGGGGCCUCCUGCUCCGACUAGUCGAUCUCCAUUCCAGAACUGGACUUGACCGAGCCCUCCUCACUGAUACUUGGACUGCAGCGGCUACAGAGUGCUCUUGAGUGGAGGGGUGUGUGUGUGCUCUGAAGACCAGACCCCAACACUCAAAACCUCGAGGAUGGACAGAGUUUAUGAAAUUGCCGAGGAGCCAAAUGUGGAUCAGGUUUCACCUCUGGGGGAAGAUGUCAUCCGUGGGACGAACCCCCGCUUUACUUUCCCGUUUGGCAUCCUCUUCUCCACCUUUCUGUACUGCGGGGAGGCUGCAUCCGCCUUGUAUAUGGUUAGAAUUUAUAGAAAGAAUAAUGAAACCUACUGGAUGGCAUACACCUUUUCCUUCUUUAUGUUUUCAUCCAUUAUGGUACAGUUGACUCUCAUUUUUGUCCACAGAGAUCUGGCUAAAGAUAAGCCUCUGUCAUUGUUUAUGCAUCUAAUCCUCUUGGGACCUGUUAUGAGAUGUUUGGAGGCCAUGAUUAAGUACCUCACACUGUGGAAGAAAGAGGGGCAAGAGGAGCCCUAUGUCAGCCUCACCCGAAAGAAGAUGCUAAUAAAUGGCGAGGAGGUGCUGAUAGAAUGGGAGGUGGGCCAUUCCAUCCGGACCCUGGCUAUGCACCGCAAUGCCUACAAACGUAUGUCACAGAUCCAAGCCUUCCUGGGCUCAGUGCCCCAGCUGACCUAUCAGCUCUAUGUGACCCUGAUCUCUGCGGAGGUCCCCCUGGGUAGAGCUGUGUUAAUGGUCUUUUCCCUGAUAUCUGUCACCUAUGGGGCUACCCUCUGCAAUAUGUUGGCUAUCCAGAUCAAGUACGAUGAAUACAAGAUUCGCCUCGGGCCACUAGAAGUCCUCUGCAUCACCAUCUGGAGGUCAUUGGAGAUCACUUCCCGCCUAGUGAUUCUGGUGCUCUUCUCGGCCACCUUGAAAUUGAAGGCUGUGCCCUUUUUAUUGCUCAACUUCCUGAUCAUCCUCUUUGAGCCUUGGGUUAAGUUCUGGAAGAGUGGUGCCCAGAUGCCCAGUAACAUUGAGAAAAAUUUUAGCCGGGUAGGCACCCUGGUGGUGCUGAUUUCAGUCACCAUCCUCUAUGCUGGCAUCAACUUCUCUUGCUGGUCAGCUAUGCAGUUGAGGUUGGCAGACAGAGAACUUGUUGACAAGGGUCAGAACUGGGGACAUAUGGGCCUGCACUAUAGUGUGAGGUUGGUGGAGAAUGUGAUCAUGGUUUUGGUUUUCAAGUUCUUUGGAGUGAAAGUAUUACUGAAUUACUGUCAUUCCCUGAUUGCCUUGCAGCUCAUUAUUGCUUAUCUGAUUUCCAUUGGCUUCAUGCUCCUUUUUUUCCAGUACUUGCAUCCAUUGCGCUCACUCUUCACCCACAAUAUAGUGGACUACCUCCACUGUGUCUGCUGCCGCCGACACCCUCAGGGCAGGCCCAAGAAGUUGGAGUCAUCCUUUGAGGCUGAAGCAAGGCAAAGCAUUGUCUGAUUCUACUCUUCUGGGUAUUUGGGGAUGGGUUGGGGGCUUCCAAGAGCAACUGUGAAAUCUAAGGAAAGGAUAAGGCUCAUGGGUGAGUACCCACCAGGAUAUUUUCUUGAGUUUUCUGGUAAGCCCAUCAGAAGAAAGAACAGCCUCCAAGUAAGUUUUAUUUCCUUAAGACUGCUAUGCUUGUUCAUAAUGAGUAUCCGCUAUGUAGUUGGAGGCAUCAGAGAUAAUUUUUACCACCUUCCCCCAACCGCCAUCAGCUCUCUGGCUGCCCUGUGGAAUUACCUGCAAGUACCUUAGGCUCACUGUAACUUUCCAGAUCUGCUCAUUUGCUUGAGACAUUACUGAACUUUUCCAGCCUGAGCUGAAGGCCCAGAAUCCCACCAGAAUACAUCCUGACUGAUUAGAUGAUGUGACAGCUUACCAGCUGUGGGAACCUCACAGGGACCAGUCUGACUCAUGUAGAACCUGCAACUGUGAGAGUGUCUGGGCCCUUUUAAUUCUAAAGAGAAACUCUGCUAAGAGGAUGGCCCCCUUAUUAAAAGAGCUUCUCCCCAAAUGAGUUAGCUCUCCAUUAAGAUUUUACCAGUGGUCCUUCAGCAAGGACCUCUCCUUUCAGCGCCCUUCAUAGGCCCACUCUGGGGUGGGAGUGCAGAAUAGGAUUCCUUCAGGGCACAAGCCAGAAUGACUCUUUUCUCAGGGACCUGCAUGAGCCUCCAGCUUGUCGAGUGGAGUGGUGGGGUGAAAUCUCUCACUUAGUGCCUCAUCAGCAGGGAUUCCCUCCAACCCAACUUUUGUUGUGCUCUUGGCAUUUUACUGCUUGAUGUGGACCUCAGAGAAGCUGAACUGUAAUUGCAAGUAUUUCUGAUGUGUGGAAAAAAUGAAGACUGCCUUGUAUC